AUGAUGUCAGACCAACCCUCCGACAUGAACUACGACACUUUCAGAGAAUGUCUGUCCAACGCCCUAGUGGCGCGCUCAGAGCCCCAACGAAAGAAGGGCAAACGAAUUGAAGUCGAAAGAAUCGACCCAGAAGAGCUGGCCGAAUUCUUCCUCGCCUCCGAGGCAUUCACCACCUUCCCAGAACCCCUCCAAACCCUCAGUUACGCAGCUCUCCAACACAAUCCCUCGCUCGCCAUCUACGUCCCCGAACCCGACACGCCCCUCCCCCGCCAGACCCUCGAAACCAUCUGCUCCCCAGUCCCCGUCAGCGUCACCGACUCACUAGUCGUCUACGGCAUCAUCCCCGAUGCCGCGGACCUGGUGGACUUUUUAUCCCCCGUGCUGACGGAGUACACGACGAGUGUCACGACGGGACCACCGGUGUGGGCGAACACGCGUGCGGACGCGUGUGAGAUCUGCGAGCGGGAUUGGAUUCCGCUGUCGUAUCAUCAUCUGAUUCCCAGGGGCGUUCAUGCAAAGGUUCUGAAGAGGGGGUGGCAUGACGAAUGGACGUUGAACAGCGUUGCUUGGCUUUGCCGGGCGUGUCAUAGUUUUGUGCACCGCAUGGCGAGCAAUGAGGAGCUGGCGCGGGAGUGGUAUACCGUUGAGAAGAUCUGUGAGAGGGAGGAUGUGAUGGAUUGGGCGAAGUGGGUUGGGAGGGUGCGGUGGAAGGCCAAGUAG